AUGCAGAGCACGAAGCCGAUCGGCUCGCAGUCGGCGUGCAGCCGCCGCCGACUUUUUUUAAGUGAUCUGAGCCGCCGCUGAUGUAUGCGGCUCUCAUCGGCUCAAAUUUUUAGCCGACUGAGUCGGCUAAGCCGUUGAAAAAUAUAAAUUUAUACAGCAAAUUUGUAUAAAUAUGUCUUUUAAUCUUAUCGAUAAAUUAACAUAUUAUAAUGCUCAUUAUUGGACGAUAAUUUACAUUGUGCACUCGUCUUCGAGAGGCAAAAACGUGUAGGCUAUUUAUAUUAAUUAUACCCUACACCACAUAGUGGUAAGGGUAUUAUGACUUUGUAGAUUUGUUUUUUUAUCACAAAACCUUUGGCAACCUUUUGUAACUUACGAAUUUUGAUGGAGUGGCAACCAUAUUGUUUGCCAAAGAUUCGUUGUGUUUUUGCUUGUUCAAAGAAAAGAAUGCAAAAUGUGCCAAAGGAAUAUUAAAAAUUAUUUUUCCGCUAACCGAAAGGGUCAAACAGUUUUGACUAAAUCAGAAUCCGAUUCUGACGAAUCUGUUGAUACUGAAAUCAAUAUUUCUCCAUAUGCAGAUGUAUCUCAAUAUGAAGAUCUUUUUAAAAAGAAAAAUGAAUUUAAAAAUUUGGCAAAGGUUGUUGUAAAUGAAGGUGGUAUAUCAAUGUGUUGGAAAUAUUUUGGUGAUCUCUAUUUUAAAAAGAGGCAUAUACUUCAAAAAUAUAAAUUUUGCAAAUUGUGUUUGGAUGAAAAGACCAAUUUAAAAAGUUUUGGAAAAUCAACAUCAACCACAAAUUAUAUGAACCAUCUACGAGCUGUACAUAACUUGGACGUGAAAUCUUUAAAUAACCUGAAAAGUUCAACAAUGACACAAAAUGCAUUGAAAUCCUCAACAAGUUGUAACAACAAACAACAAAAUGCUCGCCGGGUCGCCGAAAUGUGCUGUUGGGAUUUGCAACCGUUUAAAAUUGUUGAAAGGCCAGGAUUUAAGAAAUUGGUAUCUUUCUUAAACCCAAAGGCUAUAUUCCCCACAGAUAGGACAAUAGCUACGACGGCUUUAAACGAUGUUUAUAACAUAUAUUUGGACCACGUAAAAACAAGCCUUAAAGAGUCGCCCAAAAAUGUUACACUUGUAUUGGAUAUGUGGUCAGAUAAACAUAAGCACUUGUCUUACAUAAACAUAAAAGUUCAUUUCUGCCAAAAAUUUUCAAAUGCAAAUUGUAACGCUCAAGACAGAGAUCUUUCCACGACCUCACACUGGACUAGCAGUUGUAGAAAAAAUUGAAGAAGCUUUAUGUGAAUUUAAUCUGUUGGAAAAAAACAUAUGUGCUGUUACUGAUGGUGGAAGCAACAUCGUUUCAGCUUUAAAAAUUAAAAAUAUACCAAGAUAUGGUUGUAUGGCUCAUGUUUUACACAGAUUUUUGAUGGAAGAUAUACUAAACAACAAGUCAUUUGAAAAUAUUAAUAACAUAAUAUCAAAAUUAAA